UCAGUCUUUGCUGCAGCAGGAUGCUUCCUGUUGGAAAAUCACGAUAUUUAUGUCAAAUUAAUGGUUUCAUGUAAAGGUUUAUAAAUUAAUGGCGUCAUAUUUUAGACACAGGAGCUAUUUUAGAACUUCAGGACAGUAAUCCACUUUGUGACCAGCUGUUAGCUCAUAAAUCAGCUGUUUUUUCACUUUAAAUCUGAUUUUAUGACACCCUUCUGAACUAAAUACAUUAUAGUGGAAAGUAUUUUAUGUUGGAAUUAAUUGGUAAACUAAUCCUAAUUCCUACAGAUUAAUCUUCCCUGUGGGUGGAUUUAACAUGAUGUAUCCACUUGAUUUGUGACAGAAGCUCCACUGAAAAACUCUGGCAUUCCUAUUAAUUUAUUAAUCAUUAAUUUUGUUGUUGGCAAAGUCGUUUCGGGCCGUGACGUUGGGAAUGAUGUUGGGAAUGAUGUUGGGAACACCUUUACCUCACAGCACAGGGUUUCCUCCUCUGGGAGUGUCUGACCUGUCCAGGUGUCUGACCGCUGAUCCACAGGUGUGUGUGUGUGUGUGUGUGUGUUUGUUUCAGAUACGUGUGGACGGGAUCCUGCCACCGGCCCAGAAUGCUUUGCUGUAUGAGACGGUGCCGGUGGUGGAGGGAAAGGCUAUUCUGAGGGACAUGGUUCUGAGUCCAGACAACCAGUUCAUCUACCUGCUCAGUGACAGACAGGUAACCAAGCUGCCGGUGGAGAGCUGUGAGCAGUACAGCAGCUGCUCUAAAUGUUUGGGGUCAGGAGACCCUCACUGUGGAUGGUGUGUCCUCUUUAACAAGUGUUCCAGACAGGAAGCAUGUGACAAGUGGGAGGAGCCUCAGCACUUCAAAACCCACCUGGAUCAGUGUGUUGACAUAUUGGUCUCCCCGAGGAACAUGUCAGUCACCUCUCCCCCUACUCAGCUGACUAUUCAGAUCCAGAAUGUCCCGGUUCUGUCGGGUGGAGUUUCCUGUGUGUUUGAGAAUCUGACAGAGACACCAGGAGAGGUGAAGGUCAAAGGUCAGGUGGUGUGCAUGUCCCCAUCCCUGAGAGACCUGCCAGCACAUGUGCCUCCCUAUGGAGAGAAGAGGGUGGUUCAGCUGAGUCUGCGCUCCUCGGAGACCGGACUCCAGUUCAUCUCCACCAACAUCCUUUACUACAACUGCUCCGUCCUCACCUCGUGCACUUCCUGUGUCAGCAGCGUGUUUCCGUGUCAUUGGUGUAAAUAUCGUCACAUCUGCACCAACAACCUGCAAGAUUGCUCCUUCCAGGAGGGCCGAGUCAGCACCAUGGAGGGUUGCCCUCAGAUCCUCCCCACGGUGGACAUCCUUGUCCCUGCCGGGAUGGUCCGUCCAAUCACGCUGCGAGCUCGGAACCUCCCCCAGCCCCAGUCGGGUCAAAAGAACUACGAGUGUGUGUUUAACAUCCAGGGGAAAGUCCAGCGCAUCCCGGCCGUGCGCUUCAACUCCUCCUGCAUCCAGUGUCAGAACACCUCGUACUGGUACGAAGGAGACGAGGCCGGCGACCUCCCGGUGGAUUUCUCCGUCGUCUGGGAUGGAGACUUUUUUAUUGAUAAGCCAGCAUUCAUGAAAGCGUUGCUGUAUAAGUGUGAGGCUCAGCGCUCCAGCUGUGGUCAGUGUCUCAAAGCGCCCCCUGUCUUUGAGUGUGGGUGGUGCACUGAAAGCAAGAAGUGCCUCCUCCAGCAGCACUGCCCCUCCCCUGAGCAGAACUGGAUGCAUCAUGGCCGACACAACCUGCGCUGCAGCCACCCGCGUAUCACCAAGAUCGAUCCCCUGACGGGACCCCGGGAGGGAGGGACACGGGUGACAAUUGAGGGGGAGAACUUGGGUCUGCAGGUAAGGGAGAUCGCUCACAUCCAGGUGGCUGGAGUUCGCUGUAACCCCGUCCCAACGCAAUACAUCAGCGCCGAGAGGAUCGUGUGUGACAUGGCUGAGGCCCUGCUGCCCCACUCUCCAGGCGGGCCGGUGGAGCUGUGCAUCGGCGUGUGCAGCGCGGAGUAUCGAACGCUCUCCACCCAGACCUACUCCUUUGUGAGCCCCAGCUUCACUCGCAUCCGCCCAGUGAGAGGCCCGGUUUCCGGAGGCACCAGGCUGACUGUGAUUGGUCGACAUCUGGACGCCGGCAGUGCCGUCGUCAUCUACAUCGAUAAGGAGGAGUGUCUCUUUGUCAAACGGACCAAUCGGGAGAUAGUCUGCAUCAGCCCCACUUCCGGUACCGGCACCGGCCCCACCCCCAUCCGGCUGAUGAUCGACAGGGCCGAGGUGACCAACUCAGACAUCAGCUACACGUACACAGAGGACCCGACCAUCUCCAGCAUCGAGCCCAACUGGACCAUCCUGAAUGGCAGCACGGUGAUCACAGUGACCGGAACCAACCUCCUGACCAUCCAGGAGCCGAAGGUCAGGGCCAAGUACGGAGGGGUGGAGACCAACAACUUCUGCUCCGUGGUCAACGACAGCACCAUGACCUGCUUGGCUCCGGGUCUGAUCUAUGAUAAACCCGACCCACCAGAGGGGGCGCUGCGCCCUGACGAGUUCGGCUUCAUCUUUGACCAGGUGUCUUCGCUACUUGUCCUGAAUUCCACCACCUUCACCCACUUCCCGAACCCCGUCUUUGAUCCUCUUGGGACCUCUGGGAUCCUGGAGGUCAAACCGGGCUCGCCCAUCAUUCUGAAGGGUAAGAACCUCAUCCCAUCAGCUCCCGGGAACAACCGGCUGAACUACACAGUCCUGAUCGGAGACUCGCCCUGCCUGCUCACCGUGUCCGAGAACCAGCUGCUCUGUGAUUCGCCGGAUCUCACCGGAGAGCAGCGGGUCGUGAUCCAGGUGGGGGGUCUGGAAUACUCCCCUGGAAUGCUUCACAUCUACUCCGACAGCACUCUGACGCUCCCCGCCAUCAUCGGGAUUGGAGCAGGUGGCGGAGUUCUACUCAUUGCCAUCAUCGCCGUGCUGAUCGCUUACAAGCGGAAGACGAGAGACGCUGACCGCACGCUGAAACGCCUGCAGCUGCAGAUGGACAACCUGGAGAGCAGAGUGGCUCUGGAGUGUAAGGAGGCCUUCGCAGAGCUCCAGACCGAUAUCCAGGAACUGACGAAUGACAUGGAUGGAGUGAAGAUUCCCUUCCUUGAGUAUCGGAACUACACUAUGAGGGUCAUGUUUCCUGGGAUUGAGGAACAUCCUAUCCUUAAAGAACUUGACUCUCCGGCAAACGUGGAGAAAGCUCUGCGUCUCUUCAGCCAGCUGCUGAACAACAAGAUGUUUCUGCUGACCUUCAUCCACACUUUGGAAGCUCAGAGGUCCUUCUCAAUGAGGGACAGAGGGAACGUGGCCUCUCUGCUGAUGGCCGCACUGCAGGGCCGGAUGGAGUACGCUACUGUGGUUCUGAAGCAGCUGCUGGCUGAUCUGAUUGAGAAGAACCUGGAGAACAGGAACCAUCCCAAACUGCUGCUGAGGAGGACGGAGUCCGUCGCUGAGAAGAUGCUGACAAACUGGUUCACCUUCCUGCUGCACCGAUUCCUCAAAGAGUGUGCUGGUGAGCCUCUCUUUAUGCUCUACUGUGCCAUAAAGCAGCAGAUGGAGAAAGGUCCUAUUGAUGCCAUCACAGGAGAAGCUCGUUACUCUCUGAGUGAAGACAAACUCAUCCGCCAGCAGAUCGACUACAAACAGCUGACCCUGAUGUGUAUCCCUCCGGAGGGCGAAGCUGGAACCGAGGUACCAGUGAAGGUUCUGAACUGUGACACGGUGACCCAGGUUAAGGACAAGCUGCUGGACGCCGUCUACAAAGGAAUCCCGUUCUCUCAGAGACCACAGGCUGACGACAUGGACCUCGAGUGGAGACAGGGUCGACUGACCCGGAUCAUCCUGCAGGAUGAAGACGUGACCACCAAGAUCGAGAGCGACUGGAAGAGACUGAACACCUUGGCUCACUACCAGGUAACAGACGGGUCCGUGGUGGCGCUGGUCCAGAAGCAGGUGUCUGCCUACAAUAUAGCCAACUCCUUCACCUUCACCCGGUCCCUGAGCCGAUACGAGUCGUUACUACGGACCUCAAGUAGUCCUGACAGCUUGAGAUCGAGAGCCCCGAUGAUCACCCCGGACCAGGAGACAGGAACCAAACUUUGGCACCUGGUGAAGAACCACGAACACACGGACCAGCGGGAGGGAGACAGAGGGAGCAAGAUGGUCUCUGAGAUCUACCUGACCCGCCUGCUGGCCACAAAGGGGACACUGCAGAAGUUUGUAGAUGAUCUGUUUGAGACGGUGUUCAGCACUGCCCACCGCGGAUCUGCGCUCCCAUUGGCCAUCAAGUACAUGUUUGAUUUCCUGGACGAGCAAGCGGACAAACGCCAGAUCACGGACCCAGAUGUCCGGCACACCUGGAAGAGUAACUGCCUCCCCCUUAGGUUCUGGGUGAACGUCAUAAAGAACCCUCAGUUCGUGUUCGACAUCCACAAGAGCAGCAUCACCGACGCCUGCCUGUCCGUCGUCGCUCAGACCUUCAUGGACUCGUGCUCCACAUCAGAGCACCGUCUGGGAAAGGACUCGCCGUCCAACAAGCUGCUCUACGCUAAAGACAUCCCCAACUACAAGAGCUGGGUGGAGAGGUACUACAGGGACAUCUCUAAGAUGCCCAGCAUCAGUGACCAGGACAUGGACGCCUACCUGGUGGAGCAGUCUCGUCUCCAUGGCAACGAGUUCAACACACUGAGCGCGCUCAAUGAGCUCUACUUCUAUAUCAACAAGUACAAGGAAGAGAUCCUGACGGCGCUGGACCGGGACGGGUACUGUCGCAAACACAAGUUGAGGCACAAACUGGAGCAGGCCAUCAACCUGAUGUCUGGGAGCAGCUGAGAGGAGGGGCCUAUGGGAGGGGGAGGGGCCUAUGGGAGGGGGAGGGGGGGCUCUGAGAUGGACCAAACCCACGGUCACACCUUCACCUACACCAGCAGUCAGGAAGCUCUCCAGUUGGUCCACGGCUCAGUAGAACCGGGGUUGGACUGGACUUUGGACCGGAUGGAACCCAAACCAGCUCCUUCUGAUGGACUCUGAGACAUUUGGAUCAGAACCGGGACCUGACCAAGACUUCAUGGACUCGUUUGUAGGUUUGGGUUUCGCUCAGCUGCAGGUCUGAGGACCAGGUCCAGAACUUUGGGUUGGGUUAGUUCUGGUCUGUGACAGGAAGCUGACCACGUCUCUCAGAACCUGUCCAGGAGACCGGAUCCUGAAGUCUGAACUUGAAUCCUUGGUUCUGUCUGGACGGAUCCAGGUCCUCUAACAAAAUGAGAUCAAAUUCCAUGACGGAACCUUGUUUUGGGUCUCUGGUUCCACCUGGAAUGGAUCAGCUGGUUCUUAAGCUUUAAUGAUGGAGGUCCACCAGGG